AAAUACACACUCAAAACUCGAUCAAAUUAACAUUCAAAACGAUCUUUCAUCAGAUGUUAAAAAACAAGGAAACAAACAAAUCCAUCUCUCGAGACACACCUCAAAUCAAGAAAAGACAAAAAACAGAGAUGGCUCAGAAUGGUUCGGACAGCACUGUAAAGCUAAUUGGGACAUGGUCAAGCCCAUUCGCCUUGAGGGGUAGAAUCGCUCUACACCUCAAGUCCGUAGAGUAUGAGUACAUAGAAGAAGCCGACGUGUUGAAAUCCAAGAGCGAUCUUCUUCUUAAAUCCAACCCAAUCCACAAGAAAGUCCCUGUCCUCAUCCAUGGUGAUGAGUCAAUCUGCGAGUCACUUAACAUCGUUCAGUACGUUGACGAAGCCUGGCCUUCCAAGCCUUUCAUCCUCCCUUCCAACCCAAAAGAUCGCGCCACUGCUCGUUUCUGGGCUCACUUCGUUGAUGGAAAGUGCUUUGAAUCAAUCGAUGCCGUGGCUGGAGCCAAAGACGACGCCGGGAGGAUGGCGGCGGCGGGAAAUCUGAUGGGGUGUCUCGCGGCGUUGGAAGAGGCGUUUCAGAAGAGCAGCAAAGGCGGAGGUUUCUUUGGAGGGGAAAAUAUUGGGUUCGUUGAUAUCGCAUGUGGGGCUAUAGUGGGUCCACUCUCUGUCAUCGAGGCGUUUUCAGGUGUGAAGUUUUUGAGUCCAGACGCAACACCAGGCCUGGUCCAGUGGGCUGAGAGAUUCAGAGCCCAUGAAGCCGUGAAGCCUUACAUGCCUACAGUCGCCGAGUUUGUUGAGUUCGCUAAACAGAAGUUCAAUGUUCAGUGAGAUGAACAUUUUAAAGGAAAAAGAGAAAUGUUUGAUGUUUAUGUUUGCCAUAAUUGCUGUUUGUAUAAGAGAUGCUAUUUGCGAGAAUGCAAUUAAAAUUCGUUAUGCCGAAUAUGAUAAACAUUAUGUCUGUGCUGCGUACAAUCCUUUUUUCUUUUGUUGCGUACAAUCCUGUCUUUAUUCGUGCGCUUAAUAAAUUUUAUUAUGUUUGUGAUUUUUGUCGAUAGAUUAAUGAUAUUUCGAAAGAAAAUAACAAUUUAAUACAAUAUAGAUUUUGUUGAGAUAUGUUCUAACUUUGGUUCAUGUUAUUACUCUUUAACUUGAUGAUCUAACCUUACUCUCAAAGUAGAUUACUAUUAGU